AUGAAGGAGUUCAUCUCUGAGGUGGUGAGCAUCGGCCAGAUCAGGCACCGGAACCUCGUCCGGUUGCUCGGAUACUGCCGGCGGAAGCGCGAGCUCCUGCUAGUCUACGACUACAUGCCAAAUGGCAGUCUCGACAAGCUUCUGCACGACCACAACACGAUGGUCUUGAGCUGGAGCCAGAGGUUGGGGAUCAUCAACGACGUUGCUUCCAGCAUACUGUACCUCCACUUGGACUGGGAGAAGGUGGUUCUGCAUCGCGACGUCAAGGCGAGCAACGUGCUUCUGGACGCCGACAUGAACGGGCGGCUAGGCGACUUCGGCCUCGCGAGGCUGUACGAUCACGGCACCGACCCGCACACCACGCACGUGGUCGGCACCAUGGGCUACCUGGCCCCGGAACUCGGGCACACCGGCAGGGCCUCCAAGGCGUCCGACAUCUUCGCCUUCGGCGUGUUCAUGCUGGAGGUCGCGUGCGGGCGGCGGCCCGUCUCCCAGGACGAGCACGACGGCCACCUCCUGCUGGCGGACAGGGUGAUCGAGCACUGGCGCGAAGGAGCGAUCACCGACGCCGUGGACCCGCGACUCCGAGGCGACUUCCCUGCCGAAGAAGCGAGCUUCGUUCUGAAGCUGUGCUUGCUGUGCUCACACCCUCUGCCCAGCGCACGCCCGGGCAUUCGGCAGAUCAUGCAGUUCCUGAGCGGUGACACGCGGCUCCCGGAGGUGUCGGUAGAGCACGUAAGUGUCGACGUGCUAGCGCUCAGGCAAAACCAGGUGGUUCCCUCGCACUCUUCUUUGCCGUCCACGGAAGCCGGUAAUAUUUCUGAUAUUCCUGCAGCGAGGUAG